GCACACACAGCCGCCCUCCGUUUCCAGCUACAGAGAGAGAAUUCGUCCCGGAAAAAGAAAAAAAAAAUCUCCAGAGAGAGAGAGAGGGGAGGAGGAGCACGCCGUGAGCUCAGGAGGGGAGAGGCCGGCGGCGGCGCGGCAGAUCGGCCUCAGCGCCGGUGUAGCUCGCACCGGUCGGCGUGGGGGGACCCGCGAGCCCAUGCGUCGGUGAGGUGGUGGGGGCCCGCUUGGCGCACGAGUUGGAAUGGCGGCGGCUGCGGCGGCGGGGAGCUGGUGGGCGGUGGUCCUUGCGGUGGCGGUGCUGCUCGGGCCGGGACGUGUCGUCGCCAACACCGAGGGUGAUGCUCUGUACAGCCUGCGGCAGAGCUUGAAAGAUGCUAACAAUGUCUUGCAGAGUUGGGAUCCCACUCUUGUUAAUCCAUGUACAUGGUUCCACGUUACGUGUAACAACGAUAACAGUGUUAUCAGAGUUGACCUCGGAAAUGCACAAUUGUCUGGUGUCCUAGUGCCACAACUUGGUCAGCUGAAAAAUCUCCAAUAUUUGGAGCUUUACAGCAACAACAUAAGUGGAACAAUACCCCCUGAACUGGGGAACUUGACUAACUUGGUCAGUUUGGAUCUGUAUAUGAACAACUUCUCUGGCAGUAUCCCUGACAGCCUGGGGAAUCUUCUGAAGCUGCGGUUCCUACGUCUUAACAACAACAGCUUGGUUGGUCAAAUUCCUGUAUCCUUGACCAAUAUCUCCACUCUCCAAGUACUGGAUCUCUCGAACAACAACCUCUCAGGACAAGUCCCAUCAACAGGCUCCUUUUCACUCUUCACCCCUAUUAGUUUUGCCAACAAUCCAGGCCUUUGUGGCCCUGGUACUACGAAGCCCUGCCCUGGGGCUCCUCCCUUUUCCCCGCCUCCUCCAUUCAAUCCUCCAUCUCCCCCAACCCAAUCAACCGGUGCCUCUAGCACUGGAGCAAUCGCUGGAGGCGUUGCUGCUGGUGCAGCAUUGGUGUUUGCUGUUCCUGCAAUUGCAUUUGCAAUGUGGCGCCGUCGUAAACCUGAAGAGCAUUUCUUCGAUGUACCUGCCGAAGAGGAUCCAGAAGUCCAUCUUGGUCAGCUCAAAAAGUUUUCGUUGCGGGAGCUUCAAGUUGCAACUGAUAAUUUCAGUAACAAGAACAUUUUAGGAAGAGGUGGUUUUGGAAAAGUGUACAAGGGAAGGCUUGCUGAUGGCUCUUUGGUAGCAGUGAAAAGGCUAAAAGAGGAGCGAACACCUGGUGGUGAACUUCAGUUCCAAACAGAGGUUGAGAUGAUUAGCAUGGCAGUGCACAGGAACCUUCUCAGACUUCGUGGUUUCUGCAUGACGCCUACUGAACGGUUGCUAGUCUACCCAUACAUGGCUAAUGGGAGUGUGGCAUCACGUUUACGAGAGCGACAGCAAUCUGAGCCACCUCUUAAGUGGGAAACAAGAAGACGGAUUGCGCUUGGAUCUGCAAGAGGACUUUCUUACUUGCAUGAUCACUGCGAUCCCAAAAUCAUCCAUCGGGAUGUCAAAGCUGCAAAUAUUCUUUUGGAUGAGGACUUCGAGGCAGUUGUGGGUGAUUUUGGGCUUGCCAAGCUUAUGGACUACAAAGAUACCCAUGUCACAACUGCUGUCCGUGGAACAAUUGGACACAUUGCUCCUGAGUACCUAUCCACUGGCAAGUCCUCUGAAAAGACUGAUGUUUUUGGCUAUGGGAUCAUGCUUCUGGAGCUUAUUACUGGCCAGAGGGCAUUUGAUCUUGCUCGUCUUGCAAAUGAUGACGAUGUUAUGCUUCUUGACUGGGUGAAAGGACUGCUGAAGGAGAAGAAGGUGGAGAUGCUGGUGGACCCAGAUCUGCAGAACGCCUACGAGGAGAUCGAGGUGGAGAACCUGAUCCAGGUGGCACUCCUCUGCACGCAGGGCUCCCCGUUGGACCGCCCAAAGAUGUCGGAGGUGGUGAGGAUGCUCGAAGGUGACGGCCUGGCAGAGCGCUGGGACGAGUGGCAGAAAGUGGAGGUGGUGAGGCAGGAGGCUGAGUCCGCACCGCUCCGCAAUGACUGGAUCGUCGAUUCCACCUACAACCUUCGUGCCGUGGAGCUAUCCGGCCCAAGGUAGCCACUCGGCGACUCAGACGAAAGAAUUCAACACUGAAUUGCCAAGAUUCAGUCUAAUUGCUGCUUGUGUAUAUGAAAGGUAGCUUUUGGAAUUGUUAGCGACAAUUUGAAGGGAUGGUAUCUUUUUUUUUUUGGAUUCCUCGCUAGCCUCAGAAGUUGGGGGGUAGGCUGCAGUUGUGUUAAGGUGAAAAUUCGUAUAUCUGAGGGUGAAUUUCUAAAGCAUUGUUGUAGUGGUCUGGGGAAUGUAGCAGCGAUCGUCCAAUUCAGAACAGUGUUACGUUUUGUCAUAGCUUAGUAUGCCUUUCUGCAUCUUGAAAAAAAAAUUAUGUUUAGGUUUUUCUGUGUAAAACUACAAUAGUACAAUGGAUAAUCGUUGAAUCGACGAUACACAA